CUUUCGCCUGUCAUCCUUCGGGUUUUGCCUGCAGAAAGGAGCCUUUUUUUCUCUUUGUCUUCUCCUUCUUCUUCUUCCUCAUCCUUUGCCCUUCGCCUUUUGGAUCGGAAAAUCAAGAAAUCUAAAAACACACGCAGUAAAAGCGUUUCUUAAACAGACCGCCGGCGCUGGCGUCCCAUCAUUUCUUCAAUUAUUUAUAUAAAAAAUUCUGAAUUUUUGAUGGGAUUAUGUUUUGAAUAGAGUUUUAGUUUCAUAGUUAAAAACGUACCAAUUCCAAAUUGUUUUGCAAUUGUAAAUUCAAUUUUGAUGAUGGUAUUGGGUAGAAAAUUGAGAGAGGGAGGAAAGAGACGACGGAAAUAACGACGUCGUUUUUUUCAAAAAUUUUCUGUCGUUUUUUUUUUUGGAGGGUUUUUGGGGGUUUGAAGAUGUGUGCGGCUGCGGCGACGGGUGACUGGUGGGCGAGGGGUAUAGCGGGGCAGAUCGGGGGAGGGUUUAGCCAUGAGAGCGAGCUUGACUUGGCUCUCAUGGUAAGUGAGUUCCUUGAGAACGGAGGCAGCAGCGGUGCCGAUUCUUUGUGCAGCAGUGAUAGCGAGUCUGGUCUCUCUGAUCUGCACCAUCUCGCCGACAAGAUUUCGUUUUAUAGGCACUCAGGAGCUCAGUAUGAGAGUGACUUACUGUCAUUGGUUCAUUCUCUUAUGGUAUCCAUCAAGGAGACGGACCUUCGCCUUGUUAAGUCAGGUCCAUGUAAUGCCAGCUGCAUUAGAUUUUCUUUGGUAAAGCUCUUGAGACUUGCUGGUUACGAUGCUGCUGUUUGUACAUCUAGGUGGCAGGGUGGUGGCAAGGUCCCUGGAGGGGAUCAUGAAUAUGUUGAUGUGGUUAACUACAAUGGUGGAAGCUCUGAGCGUUUGAUUAUUGAUAUUGACUUCCAAAGCCAUUUUGAGAUUGCUAGAGCUGUAGAUUCCUAUGACAGAAUAUUGAAGUCGCUUCCUGUUAUUUAUUUGGGCUCCAUGACCAGGUUGAAACAGUAUCUUCAAGUGAUGGUUGAAGCUGCUAAAUCUUCUCUCAAGCAAAACUCAAUGCCUCUUCCUCCAUGGAGGUCGCUUGCUUAUUUGCAAGCGAAGUGGCAAUCACCCUACGAGAGGCAUUGGAGCCCAGAGGAACAAAAUUUUAGCAGCAUUAACUCUUCAGACCAUAAGCAGUGCAGCGGACAUUUAAAGAGGUUGCAAUCUUCGCUCCAAUCUGAAGUGGAAGAAGAGAGACUCUUGAAGCCCAUGAACACUGAUAACUGGAGAGUGAAGCGUGAGAGGCGGAGGCAUUCGUUAUUGCGAGGUCUUUGAAUUGUAUAGAAAUUUUGGCUGGGAAUUGCAAGUUCCCUUUUUGAGAGAUUAAUUGUACUGCGGCUUUCAUGUUCAGUAGUUCUUUUUCAUCAGAUGAAUAAAUGAGGUCAAAUUUUAUACGCCAAAGCUGUUUUGGGUACUUGCUUCACCAAGGUGUAUAACUUGAUAGGUCUAUUUAUUUAUUUAUUUAUUUUUUAAGUUUCUCUUGGAUGUAUUCCUUGCCUUGUGUUUUAUGGCUAAGGAAUUUUUGUUCUAUAUAGUCUUUGUUUCAUUGGUUUUGUUCUUCAAAUGUUGAGUUACAUGUAUUACAAGCAAUUAGAAAGGUUGCUUGGCGAUAUAUACACUAAACAAAGUUGAUGAAAUAGCUGCUUUUGAUAGUUUUUGUUA